AUGGUCCUCUCGUGGUUCUCCAGACUCACCCUGCUCGUAAUAGCCCUCAUCCCUCAGCCGUCCCUGGGAUGCCCCUCCGGCUGUCGCUGCUACAGCCUCACGGUGGAGUGUGGAUCUCUUGGGAUCAAAGAAAUCCCUCAGGGUGUCCCUUCUGUCACUGAGACCAUCUUUCUCCAGGAUAACGCUAUAGUGCAGAUCCGUCUUCAGGACUUGACUCGCCUGGGCAGCCUCCAUUACCUUUACCUCCAGAACAACAGCAUCUCGGCCCUGGAGCCCGGGGCGUUCCUCAGCCAGGGGCAGCUGCUGGAACUUGCUCUCAAUGGCAACCUCAUCCAUCUGGUCACCCCUGACAUGUUUCGGGGUCUGGAGCACCUCCGGAUCCUCUACCUCGCCGGCAACCAGAUCACUCGAGUCCAGGACCACACCUUCAGGGGACUGCAGCGUCUGCAGGAACUCCACCUGCAGGAAAACAGCAUAGAGCUGCUGGCAGAGCAAGCCCUGUCUGGCUUGUCAUCUCUGGCCCUGCUGGACCUCAGCAGAAAUCACCUCCGCACCCUGGGAGCCUCGUCCCUCAAACCACUUGUCAGCCUGCAGGUGCUACGUGUCACAGAGAACCCAUGGCGCUGUGAUUGCGCUCUUGGCUGGCUAAGAACCUGGAUCAGCAAAGACGGCCAGCGUCUGUUGAGCUCUGCUGAGCAGCGUCAGCUGAUGUGCUCAGAACCGCCUCGCCUCUCCCACCUCAGCCUGGUGGAGGUGGCCCCAAACAGCCUGGUCUGCAUUCCCCCCGUGGUUCAGCUGGAGCCCAGUCACCUGACCGUGCGACUAGGGGAGAGCCUCAGAGUCUCCUGCCAGGCCUCAGGAUACCCUCAGCCUCAGGUGACCUGGAAGAAAGCCUCCCACGGCAAGGCCCAGUUAUCACCUCGAGGCCUGGUUCAAGAACUGGGGCCUAACGGUGAGCUCUUCAGGCCUGGGGCCGGAGGAGUGGUGACAGCCCUGCCCAGCAGUGGAGGGAUGAAGGUGGGAGGUGUUGGCGGGAUCCACGGGCUUGUGCGUGGAGCUGAGGAAGGGGGCGAGAGGGACAGCUUUGACCCGGACAUGGGCAGCGGCAUGUUGUUUCUAAGCAAUGUGACCGUAGCGCACGCUGGACGCUACGAGUGUGAGGCCUGGAACCCUGGUGGUGUAGCCAAAGUCACUUUUCACCUGGCCGUCAACAUGUCUUCUUCCUCGUAUUCAUCCCAGUUCUGGCCUCGUUCCAACACGCACUCCUUUGUUUCCUCUUCGUCUAACUCCUUCUACCAACCAGAGGUUCUGGACGUGAGCCAGGAGCCGUUGUAUGAGCAGGACAGCAUGGAUUUCAGUGCUCUGGGCCCCGCCACACAAACCGCCAUUGCAGUGGGCAUCUCCUUGCUAGCGCUGACUGCCGUUCUCCUCCUGAUUAUGAUCUACACUCGUCACCAGCAGUACCGCAAAGAGGAAGGGGGAUCCUACUGUACCAGCAAGGAAGAGAGCAUCCUUUACGUGAAUGACUACUCUGAUGGACCCACCACCUUUGCUCAGCUGGAGGAGUACCGCGAUGACCACGGCCACGAGAUGUACGUCCUCAACCGGGCCAAACCCGUUCUGGGGUCCUCUUCUUCCAGGUGUCCCAUGAUGAGCGGGUUUGUCCAGCAGAAGGGAAUGAAGGAGGCUCUCCUGGACCAUGAAAUGGUGCAGACACUGACCCGAUCGGGGGGAAUGGGGCUUCGCAGAAACCCAGCAGACGGAGGAGAGGGACCCCUAACGACGGACCCGGAGGAGCUCUUCCUCAGUCAGAGCCUCCUCUUCGGAUCACAGGUUGCCUACGAGAUCCACUGCUAAAGGGGCU